ACUUCACCCCCCCUGCUGCUCACAGUCCUACUUGCUGUCAUCAUCUCGAGACUGUGCCCGCUGUCUUGCCGGAGAACCUGCUCCAUAUCUGAGUACACAGCAAACUGUGGAAAACCUCAGCAAGCUCUACUGAUGCCACACCCCUCUACCGGACCCUUUUUGUCAACAGCACAGACUCGCACUCCUAUUACAUCAUAGUGACAUAAUCUAUAAUUCAUUGCAACCUCCUUCAUCAACAGACUCUCCUCCCUCCCAUUACAUCAUAGUGACAUAAUUGUCACCCUUAUCAACAGACUCGCUCCUUCCAUAGUUCAUUCAACAUUCAUCCAAUGUCACUCCCUCAGAUCCACUCGUCCUGAAUUCUGUUUGCCUGACAAGCAUUCAGUGUAGUAAAUAACUAAUAGUCAAUCUCAGUGGGCCUCCAAAUAGGGCCUAAUUGUAAUGCAUAAUUCCGUUGUCACUCGACGGGCAGCACUCAUUGUCAUAACAAU